UGUACUGCCUGCAAACCUUUCACAUGUUUAUUCUGCUGCAAGUGAAAGUGAAAGUGAUUUCUUGGUGUGACAGCAGCAAAAGCAAACACCGCUCGGCAAAGCUCAGACAGAAGACGUGGUGAAGGACAGGAGAGGAAAAAGUAAUGGCAGCUGCAGGCAGCAAUGAGUUUGAGCUUAUUGUCCCUAAAACAGCUGAGAGUGUUGAGGUUAAUCUGGAGUGUGAUGUCACAGUACCGUGUCACCUGUCACCUGAAAACAGCGCUGUUGACAUGGAGAUCAGAUGGUUUAAGGAGACAGACUGUGUGUGUAUCUAUAAGAAAAAGCAGGUAACAGAGGGGAGAAACUUUAAGGGCAGAGUAAAUCUGUUUUCUCAUGAACUACUAGAGAGAGGCGAUGUUUCCUUGUCAUUGAGGGACUUUAGAGAGUCAGAUGUUGGCGUUUACCUGUGUCGGGUCAUCAGUGGAAACGCAACAGAGGAGAUGACAGUACAAUUAAAAGAAGCAAGGGUACGUCCACCAACUAUUCAAAGCAAAAGUUUUCAGCUGACAAUACACAAGAUAGAAAAAUCAUGGGAUAAAAGACCUGGAGAACAAAUGGAGAAAUCCUCUUCGGUGACAGAGCUUGUGGUGAAUAAUGUAAAGGAACCCAAACAAAAGUUAGUCAAGGCUUUCAAAGAUCAAAGCAAACAGGAACCGACUGAAUUAAAGUUAAAGGAAACACAUCUAGAGGACCAACAGCUGAUGUGUUCAGGGGGAGUCAAACUCUACUCCAUUUUGGCUGGAAAAACAAAUAACUCUCACAGGAGAUUUAUUGAUACUCUGAUAAACCAGAUCCCUGAACGGAAGGAAGUUCCUAAAGUGGAUGAGAGUGACGUUGUUUUAGUUUUCUGUCAUAUUGUUUCUCGAGCUGGAACUGAUAUUGAAGCAGCACUGAAAAGAUUCACAGACUCUACCGCAUCUAAGUUGAAAGUUCUAGUGGUGCUACAUCACACGUUUGACCCAGAGAAAACUGUACCAGACAGCAGCAGAUGUGUUAAGAGGACGGAUAUACUGACAGUGGACUGUCUGUUCUACGAGGAUACAGGAUUACUGGAGUGUCAGAAAAAUCAUGAUGCUAUGGACAAAGUUGAGAAAUGGUUAAGAGAGAAGGAAAUAGUAUGUCCAACUAAGAACCCAGUUACAUCUCAACCACAAAAAAGAAAAAGACCUACUGAGAAUGAAAGUAAAUCUGAUGAAGUGGAAUCUAAAAAGAGGAAAACAGAUCAAGAGGCACAAUUAAGGAACACAGUGGAGGUCAAAGUUUGCAGCAUUUUGAGUGGAAAAACAAACGAGUCUCAUGUGGGAUUUUUGAACAAUCUGAGUUCCCGCAUGAAGCUGAAGGAUGUUUCUACAGUGGAUGAGAGUGAUGUCGUUUUGGUUUUCUGUCCUAUUGUCUCUCGUGCUGGAACUGAUAUUGAAGCAGCACUGAAGAGAUUUGAUGACUCCACAGCAUCUAAGCGGAAUGUUCUAGUGGUGCUACAUCACACGUUUGACCCAGAGAAAAUUGUACCAGACAGCAGCAGAUGUGUUAACAGGAAGGAUAUACUGACAGUGGACUGUCUGUUCUAUGAGGAUACAGGAUUACUGGAGUGUCAGAAAAAUUAUGAUGCUAUCGACAAAGUUGAGAAAUGGUUAAAAGGGCAGGAAAGAGUAUGUAAGAAAGCAGUUGAAUCUCAACCACCAAAAAGGAAAAGAUCUACGGAGGUUGAAGGUAAAUCUGAUGAAUCUAAAAAGAGGAAAACAGAGAGAGAGGCACAAUUAAGAAACACAGUGGAGGUCAAAGUUUGUAGCAUUUUGAGUGGAAAAACAAACGAGUCUCAUGUGGGAUUUUUCAACAAUCUGAGUUCCCGCUUUAAGCGUCUGAAGGAAGUUUCUACAGUGGAUGAGAGUGAUGUCGUUUUGGUUUUCUGUCCUAUUGUCUCUCGAGCUGGAACUGAUAUUGAAGCAGCACUAAAGAGAUUUGAUGACUCUACAGCAUCUAAGCUGAAUGUUCUAGUGGUGCUACAUCACACGUUUGACACAGAGAAAACUGUACCAGACAGCACCAGAUGUGUUAACAGGACGGAUAUACUGACAGUGGACUGUCUGUUCUAUGAGGAUACAGGAUUACUGGAAUGUCAAAAGAAUCAAGAUGCUGUCGACAAAGUUGAGAAAUGGUUAAAAGGGCAGGAAAGAGCAUGUAAGAAAGCAGUUGAAUCUCAACCACCAAAAAGGAAAAGAUCUAUGGAGGAUGAAGGUAAAUCUGAGGUAGUGGAAUCUAAAAAGAGAAAAACAGAGAAAGAGUCACAUUCAAGUAAUACAGUGGACAUCAAAGUUUGCAGCAUGUUGAGUGGAAAAACAAACGAGUCUCAUGUGGGAUUUUUGAACAAUCUGAGUUCCCGCAUUAAGCAUCUGAAAAAAGUUUCUACAGUGGAUGAGAGUGAUGUCGUUUUGGUUUUCUGUCCUAUUGUCUCUCGAGCUGGAACUGAUAUUGAAGCAGCACUAAAGAGAUUUGAUGACUCCACAAUAUCUAAGCUGAAUGUUCUAGUGGUGCUACAUCACACGUUUGACCCAGAGAAAACUGUACCAGACAGCAGCAGAUGUGUUAACAGAACAAAUAUACUGACAGUGGACUGUCUGUUCUAUGAGGACACGGGAUUAUUAAAGUGUCAGAAGAAUCAGGAUGCAGUGGAUAAAGUUGUAAACUGGUUAAAGGAGCAGGGGAAGAGAGUGGGCGUUUUCCCAUGUCAAAUGGAUGAAGCCUGGAUCUUCAAGCGAUAAUCAUGAGUGAUCAAUAAGGACACUGGAGGAUAACACUGAGGAUGAACACACAUAUUUUGCUCUGCAUAACACUCAGGAUGAAGAUCAUGUGACUGACAGCUUUAUACAUCAACACUCAUUACUGCGGAGAAUAACAUUACCCCACAAAUUUUAGAUAUCUACUGCUACCUACUGAUUUUCAUGUGUAAUAAGUGCCGAUAUCUUAAAACAGGAAACACAUCUAAAAGGAAACCCUUAUUGGAUGCAACUGUGUUAAAUAUCGUUGUGUUACUUAAAAUAUAGGAAGUAGUCCAGUUUAGUAAUAUACAUUUACAAAUUAAAUGACUUCAUAAUGCAUCAAUCAUGGUUAUAGUCAAAAGGUGACCAAUGCCUCGUGUAAAUGCCUUGACUUAUUAA